AAUGACGUCACCACGCACAUAUCCGAUCUGUCCUUGACGCUAUCACAGAGCCAAGAUGGUCGCAUACUGGAGACAAGCAGGCCUGAGCUACAUCCGCUUCUCCGCCAUCUGCGCGAGCGCUGUGCGGGCUGCGCUUAAGCCACAGAUGAAGGUAGAGGCGUUGAAGGCCGCAGAAGCCAACGUCAAAGUCUUCAAACCUAAAAAAUGAUAAUGUGACCCUGUGAUGUAGAGCAUUACUCUUGGAGAUGUCCUGUCCCGCACACCAUGUAUCAUUUUAAUCUACAACAAAGAAAAGAUGGAUGACAUCAGGAGGAUCUGUUUGAGACUGGGGACUUGAAUGAAAUUGCUGUUUUUUUCCCCCUAUUAUUUGUAAUUAAAGUUGUAUUAAAGGUGGAUAUUGGAAAUA